AUGGCUACAAACGGAUUUUCAGUCCGUUCGUUGCUCACCAUCGACCCCUCGGUGGGGCACAUUUUCCUCCAGCCCAGCAAGAGAAUCAACGAAACCGAUGAUGUCUCGGAGUUUCUAUGCUCCAGAGCUUAUGUUGAUAUUAUGACGUUUCUCCUGCAGCUCAACCGAUCAAUGUUCCCAGCUAAAUUGCCAGAUGGCCGUGUACAGCCGUGGCCUCUGAAGUCCGAAGUAGUCGAGUUCUCCGCCCCUGUCCGGCGGCUACAGCAGUUACUGCUGAAGCUGGAAGGAUUACUUCAUGCGACACCACUGGUGGGUGGUGAACGGAGAUUUGCCGAUAAGGGUUACCGUAAUUGGCAGGACAAAGUGAAGGAGAAUGCAUCUUCCUUCUUAGAAGAGUGUUUAUCUUCGGAAAUUCUACACACUCCAUCAUCGGAUCCAGAGGGCCCAACGGCAGAGGUAGAGCUAAUGGAGUACUUCCUAGGCAGCUGGGGUAGCCGGGAGCGAAUGGAUUAUGGCACCGGACAUGAACUGAGCUUUCUGGCAUUCCUGGCAGCGAUCUGGAAGCUAAACGGGUUUCCUAAAAAUAGUCCCGGCGUAGAGGAAAGGGCGAUUGUCAUCGGCGUGAUAGAACCGUACCUGGAACUGGUGCGGGCUGUUAUCAAAAAGUACAAACUGGAGCCUGCUGGCUCCCACGGCGUCUGGGGCCUGGAUGAUCAUUCUUUCGUUCCCUAUAUCUUUGGCUCGGCACAAUUCAGCCCAGCUAUAUCGGACUCGGACCUAGUGCCCGAGGUGGGCUCACUGCCCGAUGCGCCGGACCCCGCAGGUGUCGCAAAAGCGAACAUUGUAGAGAAAGAGCGAAGAGUGAACAUGUAUUUUUCCGCCGUUGGCUUCAUAUACGAUGUUAAGCAAGGUCCAUUUUGGGAGCAUAGCCAAAUGCUAUAUGAUAUCUCCGGUGUCCCGGCUGGCUGGGCCAAAAUCAACAAGGGUAUGAUCAAAAUGUACAAUGCCGAAGUGCUUUCCAAGUUCCCGGUUGUCCAACACUUUCGCUUUGGCUCGCUGUUUAGUUGGGAUCGCGAUCCGAGUGCUAUUCCUCCGCCCCCCAGAGCUCAUACCUUAUCUGGACCAGAAUCUCGGCCACGAGAGGUGCCUGGUUCUAUAAGGCAAGACCGGGCCCGGGAACGAAAGCUCCUUGGGCCACCGCAUCUCAGAGUAUUCCACCGCCAUCAACCGGAACUGCGGCGCCGUGGGCAACUGCAAGAGCUGGCGGAGGGUCAUCUACUACGUCCAGAAUACCAUCAGCACUUCCCGAUACCUCCAGACUUCCUCCAGGUCCCAUGGCCCCUACCAGAGCUCCCUGGGCGAGUUCGCAACCAGCUGGGCCGGCCCCUACUGGUGAUGCCAAUGAUAUUACUACGAAAGCUCCCUGGGCAAGAUAACAUGAUGGCAUAUGGUGACGAAAAGUUGCUGCUACUUCUUGUCUAUAUGAUAUAA